AUGCCCACACAGUCACACGCUCCCUACAGUCGCUCUUUUACCCCUUUGAACGCACCCCGUCUCCCUGCAGAGCUCUUAACCGAGAUCUUCAAACUUGCAACCGACAACCCAGUUCGUGACCUUGACUCACUUACCUCUUGGAAACCCUUCGAAGGCAUCUACGCUUCGCAAACCGAAAAAUCUUGCAGUGCCGCUCUUCGGACAAAACAUGCGUUGACAUUAGUAUGCCGCUCGUUCAGAACAUUGAUCGUUGACCUGUUGUAUGAGGACAUAUGGAUACGGCACGGUUCGGACGGGCUGAUGGAAGUUCUUGAAUCGUCUUUUACUGUAGAUAAGGAGGCAGGGAAAGAGGGUCAAGGAUACGGACGAUUCGUAAAACGCGUCAAUCUUUCACCGAUUGGUUAUGACGGUUCGGGAAAAUCGUGCGGCUCGAUCUUACAAAACACACGUCGGAUCCUCAUGUGCUGUCCAGACGUUCGUGUCAUCCGUCGACCUCCAUGCACUUCCUCCUGGACAAACGGAGGAGAAGUAGUGCAAAAUGACUUUGUUGAUAGCAUCCCGACCAUUGACGAUUUGGAUUUCCCUAGGCUUCAGCGAGCCGAAUGGUUCAACACGCCUAAUGAUGUGAUGAGCGCAACAGCACCUACACCAUCUGUAUUCUUCUUCUCAGAAUCUCUACGUGUCCUCAUCUUGGGUCCGGAUAACUUCCCUGCUCCCCGGCUCAGUAUCAGAGGUCGAGGCUGGAGAGAAGAGAGACAAGACCAAGAUCUCCUCAAUAACAACGACGCGGUGGAAAUGACAGUCAUCUCCCUUCCCAACCUUCACGCACUCUCUAUCCAAUCUCUCGAUACGUUCGGCGAAACACCACGUCGAUAUCGUCUCUCCCUCCCUUCUCUCAAACAUCUCAUUCUCAAACGUCCCGAAGCAAUCUACACACUCUUCGACGGCGCACUCACUCCCCUCUCAUCACAAAUCAAGACAGUUGAGAUUGCGGCAGACUUUAGGUUCUUACGACAAGAUUUCGUAUCAACUAUCUUACAAUACUGCAACAACGCGGAAAGAGUCUAUAUCCCAGUCUUUUCCACCAGGGCCCCACAUCAGAAUGAAGUUCCGCGUGUAUUCCUCGAGUUCAGCCACGUGAAGGAAGUUUAUCUACAUGCGGGGUUACCCAAUGGGUAUGUAUAUGGUGAAGAAGCCUGGUGGACGAUGCUUGAUGCUCACUUUGAGGGAUUUUGCGGAGGGAAUUCGAGGUUUACAGUGCUAGAGAGGGUUGUCCUUGCUGGGAAGGAGUGGAUGGAGAGCAUUCGUGUUUGUGAGAUGAACAAUGAUGAGAAAUUGAUGGGACGGUUUAAAGGUGUGAUUCAUGUUGCGAAGCGACGGGGUGUGGAGUUAAUCGCUGAGGAUCGGGACGUGCAGGAUGCUUUAGAGACGGUUAUUGGGGAUUCAGAUGCCAGAGAUAGGGGUUAG